UAAAAUGGCAGUUGGUUUCAUGCUUGCUCAUCCAUAUGGGUUCACACGUGUGAUGUCAAGUUUUCGCUGGCCAAGAUACUUUGUAAAUGGACGGGAUGUCAAUGACUGGAUUGGACCACCAAGUAACUCGGAUGGAUCAAUAAAGCCUGUUACAAUCAAUGCAGACACUACCUGUGGCAACGACUGGGUUUGUGAACAUCGUUGGCGUCAAAUAAAGAACAUGGUUAUCUUCCGUAACGUGGUGGAUGGUCAGCCUUUCUCCAACUGGUGGGAUAACGGCAGUAAUCAAGUAGCCUUUGGCCGUGGUAAUAAAGGCUUCAUCGUUUUUAAUAAUGAUGACUG